AUUGAAUCCCAACACUCGAACAACGUCGACGGGGUGAAUCACUUAUCAGCCCACUGUGUUAUUUCACCACAGCCUGCAACUCCAGGUCAACCUUGACCUUUGACCUAAAACCUGUCUGUAUCAGCGGUUACAAGUUGUGCUGCAGCAGCCUCCACUCCUCGUCAUGCAGAACAAUCUCAUCUUCUUCGUUAAUGGUGUGAAGGUGACAGAGUCAUGCCCCGACCCCCGGGCCAACCUCCUCAACUACCUCAGACGGACACUGCGUCUGACAGGUUCCAAGGAAGGAUGCGGAGAAGGACGGUGUGGAGCUUGUACCGUCAUGCUGUCCCGUUAUGAUAGCGACGAGAAAACUAUCAGACACAUGGCCGUGAACGCCUGUCUACUGCCGCUGUGUUCCCUGCACAACAUGGCGGUCACCACUGUGGAGGGGGUUGGCGACACGAGGCGGGGACUGCACAAGAUCCAGGAGUGUCUCGCCGAGGCUCACGGGGUUCAGUGUGGAUUCUGUACAUCUGGCAUGGUGAUGUCCAUGUACACACUGUUGAGGAACAUCCCUCGGCCCUCCCAGGAGGACAUCCAGUUGGCCAUAGAAGGCAAUCUCUGUCGAUGUACUGGGUAUAGAGCCAUCAUAGACGGAUUUACAAAGGCAGCGCAGAACACGUGUUGCCAAGGCGACAGUUCAACGUGUAUAUGUAGGUCAGAAGACGCAGAGGAACAACAGCCGAACAGAUGCAAGGAUGAAGGAUGCAGGUUUUCCCCUCCAUCUCCCUCCCAGGAUGUCAUCUUUCCUCCGCAGCUCCUGGUGAAAGAAGAAAAGGAGCUGACAGUGACAUUCGAGCACGAGGGUGUCACGUGGAUCCGACCUCGUGACCUGCCUCAUCUGCUUCAGCUUCUUGCUGAUAAUCCCACAUCAAGACUGAUCUCUGGGGGCACAACUAUAUUUCUCGACUUGAAGCUGAAACACAAGCUGCCCCAGACCCUGUUGUCCACCAGUCACAUCCCCGAGUUGACCAGACUGACGGUGGAGGAUGACCAUCUGGUCGUGGGGGGCGGCAUCACAUUGGAGGAACUCAGGACCAGACUUCCGGGACUCGUCUCGCACCUGCCAGGCUGGAAGACCCGGUCUGUGAGGGUUCUGGGGGAUGCUCUCCGCUGGGUGGCCGCAGGACAAGUCAGAAACGUGGCGAGUGUUGGGGGCAAUCUUCUAAACUCGGCCACAGUUUCGGAUCUUCAACCGGUCUUCCUGGCAAUGGACGCCAUGCUGCACGUCAACAACGCCGUCAAAGGUGAACGCACUCUCCCUUACCGUGAGGUGAUGAAGUUUACGCCGCCUUUAAAUGGCCUUGACCCCACUGACGUCCUCGUCUAUGUCACCUUGCCCUUCACAAAACAGGGUGACCACGUGAUGUUCUACAAGCAGCAAGUACGGCAAGGGUUUGACACGUCAUAUGUUAAUGCCGUUGCGGGGAUAUCAUUUCAACCAGGAAGUGAUGUGAUUGACGAUAUAUAUUUCACUUUUGGUGGGCAUUGUUUCAAGCCGGUUAUGAAAAUUCAGGAUCUUCAGCAGGAAAUGGCAGGGAAGAGUUGGUCCCUAUCGCUGGUGCCAACCGUUCUUACCUCCCUUGGCAAACUCCUCGACAACAAGACGGCCAUCACUGCCGACGCCAAGCAUGUCGCUGUGGCCCAAGUUUUCAAAUUCAUGUUUGCUGUAGAAGAGGCCGUCAGUGGAAAGACUGCCCCCAAUGCUCCCUCUGCCCUAUCUACUGUCGACUACGAGAGUACCCGAGUGUUUGACAAUGUCGGUCCUGAUCAGCCACCGGAAGAUGACAUGCGUCGAUCUAUCCCACACUCCAGUGCGUUACAGAUGACGUGUGGGGAGGCUGUGUACCUGGAUGACAUGCCGCGAUCUGAAGGUGAAUUGUAUGCUGGACUUGUGCUGAGCACGCGACCACACGCUCGAAUCGUAGAAGUGGACGUAACAGAAGCUAUUGCGUUACCAGGGGUAACAGGAUAUGUGGAUCACCAGGAUGUGCCAGGGAACAACAUUUGGGGCUGUGCUAUUCAGGGCGAACACGUAUUUGCUGAAACAGAGGUCAGGUGUUGUGGCCAGGUUAUCGGCCUUGUGCUUGCUGAAGAUCGCCAGGUGGCGCUGGAAGCAGCCAGACAUGUGACAGUGACAUACGAGGAUCUACCUGCCGUUCUUACUUUUGAGGACGCCAUUCGGGAGAAGGCGUUCUACACUGAGGAACCAGCCACGCCAGCCAUCGUCUUCGGUGACGUUGACGCCGGGUUCGCUGCAUCUGAUGUGUUCAUUGAGGGUCACCUUGACAUCGACCCCCGUGAACACUUCUACAUGGAGAGUCAUGGUGUUCUGGUCAAGCCAAGAGCAGAACAUAGCGAGGUGGACGUCUACUGCACGUCACAAAACCCUUCCAUGGCACAGAAAAGUGUAGCUCAGGUACUGGGUAUUCCCCUCAGCCGCGUGGUGUGUCAUGUCAAGCGAUUGGGUGGUGGUUUCGGAGGGAAGGAGACGAGGAACGACCUCCUGUCUCAGCCAGUGGCCGUGGCUGCUUACAAGUACCGGAGACCGGUGAGGUGUGUGCUGGACAGGAGAACGGACAUGGCAAUCACGGGAAAGGCGCCCGGGUUUCAUGCAGAGUAUAAGAUCGGCUGCACCAAAGACGGCCGGAUCCAGAGCGUUGUGAUGGACAUGUAUGUCGACUCUGGCCAUGCUUCUGACAUCGCCUAUGCUUUCCUGGAGGUAUGUGUGCUGAACUUCGAGGCAGCGUACCGCUACCCCAACUGCCGGAUAACUGGCUACCUGUGUAAGACGAACACUCCCCCUAAUACAGCGUUCAGGGGGUUCGGUAUGCCGGACAGCUUCCUGGUGUCGGAGAUGAUAAUGACAGAACUCGCCAGCAGACUCAACAUGACUGAAACUCAGGUGCGUGAGUUAAACAUGUUGAGAGAGGGAGACGUGACGGUGUCGGAUAUGUUGCUGGACAACUGCACGCUGUCCCAGUGUUGGCGUCAGUGUCUGGAGGAAAGUCAGUAUGAAGUCCGGAAAACAAAGGUGCAGGAGUUUAACAGACACAGUCGUUGGACGAAACGUGGCUUUGCGAUGGUUCCCUAUCGUUUUGGUGUCGGCUACAGAGAGAGAUUUAUGUGUAAGGCAGGUGCACUGGUGCACGUGUACGUGGACGGCUCGGUGCUGUUGACCCAAGGGGGAACGGAGAUGGGCCAGGGACUCUACAUCAAGAUGAUACAGGUGGCGUCCCAUACCCUUGGGGUACCAGCCAGCACCAUCCACAUCAGCGAGACCAGCACCAACACUGUUCCCAACACAUCGUCGACGGCGGCCAGUAUCAGCACAGAUCUGAACGGCAUGGCGGUCAAGGCAGCAUGCCAGGAGAUAGUACGGCGCCUGGAACCCAUCAAGAAGAACAACCCCGACAAGACCUGGAAAGACUGGGUGACGGAGGCAUUCAUGACCAAUGUCAAUCUAUCGGCAGUCGGAUACUACAGUUCACGUGAACAAGGCGGCUACGAGUUCACAACCGGCAAGGGCCAGCCGUCCGAGUAUACGACAUAUGGAGUUGGGUGCUCCGAGAUAGAAGUGGACUGUCUCACGGGAGAAUGUCAGAUCCUCCAGACGGACAUGGUCAUCGAUGUGGGCAGGAGCCUCAACCCGGGGAUCGACAUCGGACAAAUAGAGGGCGCUUUCCAACAGGGAUGUGGCAACAUGUUGAUGGAGAGGGCCGUGGUGUCAGAGGAUGGAUGGAUGUUGAAAGGGGGGCCUAGUGAAUACAGGAUUCCCACCGUCAGGAACAUCCCCCGUAAACUCAAUGUCUCCUUGCUCAAAGAUAGCGACAACCCGUAUGGUAUUUACUCCUCCAAGGGUAUCGGCGAAGCGUCAAUAUGCUUAGCUAUGUCGGUGUACCUCGCGCUGAAAGCCGCCAUCUUGGAUUGUCGGAAGGAGAAUGGCUGUGACGGCAAUUUCGAUUUGCGCGUGCCAGCUACUUCGGAGAGGGUCCGUGAGUCUUGUCGCUUAUGUAUCUCCAAGCUAACAGACUGACAUUUCUUACAUCGGAUGUACCUUGGUGAAUUGACACAUCGCAGUCUCUGCAUGGCUGGAGGAACUAAUUCUAUUCAACUACAAAUGAUUGAAAUGGCUUAUUGAGGGGUGGUGGCGGUGGUGGUGUGGGGUGUGGAGGGGGAUAGGGGUCUGCCACUUUGGUGGAACCCACUUCAUCAACUGUGCCCCCCUGUGUUAUAAACGGGCAUCACUUAAAAUACUAAUUUAGUAUUAAAAUGUAUCUUAUCAUAUCAUAAUUAUAUCUUAAGAAUUUGUACGCACCGCAUCUGAUGAUCUGUAUUGUUUAUCUACGUUAGUAUUUCGUUUGUGCACUCAUUCUGUCACAGGUGUACUUGGAACAGGUACACAUCAUUCAAUUGUCACAUAAUUACAAAUAUGGCGAAAUAUUACAACUGUAGAUGUUCUUGUUAAUCGGAUUUCGGAUAUAUUUUUACGGAUGUUAAUGUUGUUUUAUAACUAGGAUCUUCCAUUAAAAUGGUUAGUCAUUAGGAUGUGCAA